ACAGAAACAAACCUGUCAAACAAAUAUCAAGAGCUCGUAUCGUCUCGAUUUUUUAAUUAUUGACAUAGAUGCUGCUGAUUUUUAAAUGUUUCUUUACCUUCUAUCUCUCUCGGUUUGUUCGUCGUCCUGGAAAUCCUGCUGAAAUUCAUUUUGCAUGCCGCACGUUAAGCAUUCCGUAUCCGCAAUGUCAACCCGACUAUCGUCGAUGAAUGAGUCGGCGAACAUCGAUCAAAUCAUACUCAAUAUCAUUGAUGUGCGCAAGGUCAAGCAAUUCCCCCUCACCGAAACAGACAUUCGAGCACUCUGUGUGCGCUGUCGCGAGGUGCUGUUGACGCAACCGAUGCUGCUGGAAAUCUCGGCCCCGGUGAAGAUACUCGGCGAUAUCCAUGGCCAGUUCACGGAUCUUCUGCGAAUGUUUGACUACGGCGGAUAUCCGCCCGCAUCGAACUAUCUUUUUCUGGGCGAUUAUGUCGAUCGUGGCAAGCAAUCAAUCGAAACGUUGUGUCUUCUGCUGGCCUACAAGAUCAAGUUCCCGCAGAACUUCUUUGUGCUGCGUGGCAAUCACGAGAGUUCGGGCAUCAAUCGCAUCUACGGAUUCUACGAUGAGUGCAAGCGACGCUACACGGUGAAGUUGUGGCGCACCUUUGUCGAUUGCUACAACUGUAUGCCCGUUGCGGCCAUUGUGGAUGAGAAGAUAUUCUGUUGCCAUGGCGGACUGAGUCCCGAUCUCAAUAAUAUGGGCCAGAUACACAAGCUGCCGCGUCCCUGCGAGGUGCCCGACAAGGGAUUGCUCUGCGAUCUGCUCUGGGCCGAUCCCGAUCCCAAGAUCAUGGGCUGGAGCGAUAAUGAUCGCGGCGUGAGUGUCACCUUUGGGUCGGAUAUUGUGGGCAAGUUCAUACAUCGGUUCAAGUUCGAUUUGAUCUGUCGUGCCCAUCAGGUCGUUGAGGAUGGCUACGAGUUCUUUGCCAAGCGGCAGCUGAUCACCAUCUUCUCGGCUCCCAAUUACUGUGGGGAGUUUGAUAAUGCCGGCGCCAUGAUGUCUGUGGAUGAGACGUUGAUGUGUUCGUUCUUUGUGCUCAAGCCAUCGAAGAAGGCGGGUAUGCGUAAGGUCCAGACCAGGAACUGAUCUUCUGAUGCAAUGUGAUGUGGGACUGAAGCUGAUAGUGUGAGCUGCAAUUCAUAUAAAUUCUGUUGUUCACAUUCACAUUGUUUAGUGUGAAACUCCAAAAAUCGUGAGUUACGCGAAGUUUGAUCUAGUCCUGGGAAUUCGAUCCCACUGAGCAAUGUAAAUGUUAACUAUUUGAAAAGGGAAAACUUGUGUAAUUAUAUGACAAAGAGCCAACACUAAGAUAUUUAGCAUUAAAAAAUCAAAUCAAAAUUUUGAAAAAAAGGUUACAAUAUAUAUUUUAUAAUGAUUUCAUACAACACUAAUAAAUAUGCGGUCAUUUGGUGAUAAGCUCAA